AUGGAAGACUGGCUAAGCUCGCUGAAAUCUGCCUCAAUACCGGCGCGAGCGCGUGGCGAUAGCUUCUUCAUUGAGCAACAUGAUUUAUUCUCCAAUCAUCAUCACUGGUAUGCGACCUCCCACGCCCGCCCCACCUUCUGCAAUGUAUGCCGCGACGUACUCUCCGGUGUUACCUCGCAUGGCCUCUCUUGUGAGGUUUGCAAAUGCAAAGUGCAUAAACGUUGUGCUGCCAAAGCCAUUGCCAAUUGUAAAUGGACGACAUUGGCCACCGUCGGCAAGGAUAUUAUUGAGGAUCGCGACGGAAGUAUUAUUAUGCCACACCAAUGGAUGGAGGGUAAUUUACCGGUCUCAUCGACCUGCUCGGUUUGUAAGAAGACUUGCGGUUCUGUUUUGCGUUUGCAAGAUUGGCGUUGUUUAUGGUGUCGCGAAACGGUACAUGUUGCUUGCCGACCACAAAUUGCAGUCGCUUGUCCACUAGGACCGGCCAAGCUAUCCGUUGUGCCGCCUACCUGUGUGCAUUCCAUUGGCAACGAUGACUCCUGGGAUGUGGAGAGUCCGAAGGGUAACUUUUCGCCGCUGUUGGUUUUCGUCAAUUCGAAAUCAGGCGACAAUCAGGGAGUGAAGUUUUUGCGACGCUUCAAGCAGCUAUUAAACCCAGCUCAAGUUUUUGAUCUCAUAUCCACCGGUCCUAGUUUGGGUUUGCGGCUCUUCAGACGUUUCGAAAUGUUUCGAAUAUUGGUUUGCUCUGGUGACGGUUCUGUGGGCUGGGUGCUCAGCGAGAUCGAUCGUUUUAGCAUGCAUAAACAAUGUCAAGUAGCAGUAUUGCCUCUUGGUACCGGCAACGAUUUGGCGCGUGUGUUGGGCUGGGGCUCAUCCUGUGAUGAUGACGCACAUCUGCCGCAAAUACUCGAACGUUACGAAUCUGCUAGUACCAAAAUGUUGGAUCGUUGGAGCAUAAUGGUCUUCGAAAAGGCUGUCGCCGUACAACCGAAGACCCCGAAAAUGUCAUUGUCGAGCGCACAAGAAGCACUACUUACCGGCAUGGUAACGUCGGCUAAUUUAAACUUGCGCAACAUUGUCGAGACCGAUGAUUCACAGACGCUUAUUACUGCCACCAAAACGCUCUGCGAAACGCUCGACGAACUGAUGGUUCAAAUCUCUGAAAGUCGUAAGGAUGAUGAACAAUUACUGGUUAAAUGUGACAUACUGCGUGAGAAGUUAGCCAUGUUAUUAGAAGCCUUGCGCGAAGAAGAGACCGGUGCGCAUGCCGGCGAUGAUCUCUUAACGACAAUCAGUAGCAUUAUAUCAAAGAGUGCUGCCGCCUCUCCAACUGCUUCUACAACAGCUUCACUGCUUAAUCCAAACAUAUCAAUCGAGAAAGACGAAAAAGAUCAAUUUAACACGAAUGAGCGACGCAAUAGUCGCUCCUUGCAGUCUACCGAACGCGAGUCGCUACAAUGUCGGGCCAACAGUGUUAAACGUGCCAUGUACAAUGUCAUCGAACACUCGGAACCAGGCCGACCCAAGCGCUAUCAGCGCAAGCUAUCCAUAACGCCAUUCGAAGCUUUAAAACUACCAACCAAUGCAUCGGGCGAAUCUACCCCUUGCUCUUCACCAUUACCCAUUAUACCACCAAUAAAUAUAAUAUCGCCUACCAUGGAAACCUCUCGCCUAACUUGCAUAUCGCCCCUACCGGAUACACGUCGGGACUCAGUCGACGAGAACUUCUUCAAUGCGAUUAGCAUUCCAGUGCCACGUCAAUUUGCGGAUAGUCGCCGCAGUUCAGGCGUGCCCGAAGUAAUACAAGAGAUAGAAGAAAAUGGAUUAGGAGGAAAUAGUGAGAUUGUCUAUCGUGUCGGCAGAUUGUCUCUAAGUGGUGGUGCUAAUAUUGAUGAUUUCGGCAAUCCUUUACCCAUAGUUGGUGAAAAUACUGAUAUGAACUCACCCUCCGAACGUAAAAUCGACUUUCUCAGUGUGCCGAUAUUGACAAGCGAUCAGAUUGUAGAUCCCCUUUCGGACUACCGUCCAAUAGAGGUUUUUGAACGCAACUACUAUAUGAGUCGUGAAUUGGAUAAGGAAAAGAAGCUCAAGCAAAGUAUGAGUGACAAUGGCGAGUGCAACAAUGAAGACGGCAAGAAGGAGAAAAUAAUGCCCGAAAAGUCUAAGGCGUUACGUUUCGAUGACGAAGUUUGUCAGUUGCAGGUACCCAACGUAGUCAUACCCCCUAAAGCCCCAAAUGUAUACUCAAGCGAAGCCAUAACGAUCAUUGAUACAGAUGUUGCCACUGAAUUAUCCUCGUCGGAUGAGUUACCAGGCGGCGAGGCUAGCGAUGUGCUGUCAGCCAUUGGUGAUGAGGAGUGCAGCGUAGCCUCCGAGAUAUUUGACAGGCAACAAGAAGGUCAGGAUCUCGACCGCCCACUGCAGUUAGGAGACAUAAUACAGAACCUCGAUGCAAACUCUUUCACACACAUCGACUCGCCAGAAACGAGCGAUGAAACGGAAGUCGUGCCAGGCGAAUCGUUUAUGGAUGAUAUUAGUUCGGUCCUGGGCCAUGACAUAGCAUGCGCCUUGCAGGACAAUACUAUCACCGACGAUACACCAACCCUUUGCUCGGACAAUCAACCGCCGCCACUAAAAUCUAUACGCAAGAAAUCGCUCAGCAUGGGUGGACAGCGCAGCAUACGACGCAACUCAUCACCGCCACGUCACGCACAGUUGGCACGCAUGGACAGCGAUGAGAAUCCGCAACAAUUCGGUUUCGAGAAUAUCGUUUUCGAAAUCGACAAUCGCUGCGAUGAUCAGAAGAUUCGUGAGCCGCCAAGGUACUGCAGUUUGGCACAGUUUGUCGAGGGUAAUGACAUAGCGCGCCAAAGCUUCAAGCGCCCGAAAAAGCGUUCGUCCCUACGCAAACCUAAAUCCGCCAUACUUAUCUCGCAACAACAACUCUCCAUUGAUGCAUCUACCACAACAACUUCGGCAACACACGCGAACGGCCAACAGAAUGAGGAUGAAUUGACCACAAAAAUGGCUAUUAAGAUUGAGGUAUGCGACAUCGAGACCUAUGCACACGUGGAUAGUGGGGAAAACUUGGAAGCGCCGUUAUUGCCUUCUGCCCAAAACCAGCCGAAUAUAGCUACAAUGCCCCACAGCACAUUGAACAACCAAUCAACAAUAACAACAGCAACAACGCUUGGCUCAGCAUUGAGCACAUCGCCCAAAAAAUCUGGACACGGACAAGAUGUAAAGCGCAUUACUUUUGAUGAGUCGUGUAAGAAAGAAUCCUUUGAUGAUGUAAAUCCAAACUAUCCGCAGAUAAGUGUAGUUGUGCGCCCCCCAACCCCAUUACGUGGAGACGCUAUCAAAUCGGUGAAUGCAGCGUCGGCAGCCAGCCUACUGUCGGCCCGUAUGCUGCCGAUGGAGUUGAGGCGGCACUCAAGUCAUGCAACAACCAGUCUAGCGGUGCGAGAGCAUGCCGAGAAGGAUCGUCGACAUUCGGGCUUCAAUCCAAAUUUGUUAAGUUUAGAUCCGGAGCAUACGAAAUUCUUAAGCUCGUCACCGGCAGCAAGUCGACGCAUCAGCUGUGGCAGUCUCUUCAAGAAGCAUUCGAAGAAAUGCCUCUCAGAGCGCGCGUACGGAUUGUUGGGUUUGCGUUUCUUUGUGGUCGCCGAGCCGGAUAUACGUUUGGCCACUUUGGCUCUGAUAAGACCACUUAUACCGUUGCCAAAUGAGGCGUUACCAAAUCUGCAGACACUUAAAGGCUCCAGGUCUAGUCUUUUUAUGGGUUCGGCACUAUUUGGAUUUGAUCAUUUUGGCGGUGGCAGUGGUGGCGGUAAUCCAGGUGGUGACAAAGAACGUGACGAUAAGGGCAAAAAAGAUAAGGAGCGUCUACUUGGCGCUGAAGAUGGCGCUAGGAAAAUGCCGAUCAUUAAUCCACUCGUACGCCUACCAAAUUGGCCAACGUUAGCCAAUAGUUCCGGAUUCAUUUCCAAGUGCUUGCUAGCAAAUGCGGAUACGCUCUGCGCUGCUGUUAGUCCACUAAUGGAUCCCGAUGAAACCCUGCUGGCAGGCUAUCAUGAAAAAUGCGUUAUGAACAAUUACUUUGGUAUUGGUAUAGAUGCCAAGAUCUCUCUUGAUUUCCAUAACAAACGGGAAGAGCAUCCCGAGAAGUGUCGCUCGCGUGCCAAAAACUAUAUGUGGUACGGUGUGUUGGGUUCGAAGCAACUAUUGCAGAAAACAUGUAAAAAUCUCGAGCAACGAGUGCAGUUGGAAUGUGAUGGGCAGCGUAUACCGCUGCCAUCCCUGCAGGGCAUUGUCAUAUUGAAUAUACCCAGCUUUAUGGGCGGCACGAAUUUCUGGGGCUCCAGCAAGAAGGACGAUAUCUUCCUUUUGCCCAGCUUUGACGAUCGCAUACUCGAAGUUGUCGCCGUGUUCGGUUCGGUGCAAAUGGCCGCUUCGCGUCUCAUUAAUCUGCAACAUCAUCGCAUAGCACAAUGUCAGAGCGUACAAAUAAAUAUUUUGGGCGAUGAAGAGAUACCCAUACAAGUUGAUGGCGAAGCUUGGCUACAACCACCCGGCAUGAUUCGUAUACUACACAAGAAUCGUGUGCAAAUGCUUUGCCGUAAUCGUCAUUUGGAAAUAUCACUGAAAUCCUGGCAAGAAAAGCAGCGUCAACAUAGCAUAUCUAUACAGCGUGAACAAUCAUCCACUGCAUCAGAGCAUGCCAUGUCUACGGAUGAGGUGCUAUCCGAACGUGAAUGCUAUGUGCUCUUGAACUUCAUUGAGGCGGUCAGUUCGCUUGUAAAAUGGGUGAAAUUCCUUAUAAUUUCACAUCCAUCUUUGCAACACGAUUUGUAUGCUGUGGCUUGUCGCGCCGCCGAAGUACUCGAAUCCAUACAUCCGGAUGGCAAGUUACUUGAGGGUCCCACACUACGCACCAAACUUGUGGAGGUUAUCGAGUCGGCGCGUCAAUUGUACGAGGACUCCUGCAAUUUAUUACGCGAUCGUGCACAUAGCUUAAUAUUAAGAGAAGAUCUCGAGUCGAAGUUGAGCGCUGCCUUGGCCAAUAUCGAAAUGGAGCUGAAGAAAUGUUCGGUUCAGAAGAGUUUCGAUGGGAAAUUGCGCGCCUACUUCAAUGCCUUGGCGCCAAAUGAAGAGGGUGAUGGCCGUCGCAAAUCGCGCCACUUCUGGGUGCGUCUGCGUUCUGGUUCCACCGUGGGACAGACACAACUGAAGCCCCCACUAACGACAACACGCGAGGCUGCCAGCAAUUGGAGUGUCGACGAAGUGGUCACUUGGCUAGAAACAAUGCAGCUCUCCGAAUAUGUGGAGAGCUUCAUGAAGAACGAUAUACGCGGCAAAGAGCUACUAACACUAGGCAGAAGAGAUCUCAAAGAUUUGGGUGUAGUUAAAGUGGGACACGUCAAACGCAUAUUGCAAGCAAUCAAGGAUAUGAACGAGAAUUAAAAGACGUGCGUUUGGCUGUUGUAACAAAUUAAUGCUUGUGGUCUAACGGUACUUAUUUGGAAUGAAAUGAAAGCAUAUCUUGAAAAUGUUAAGGCGAAACACAAAGGUAUGUGUGAACUUUUUGACGGCGAGCAAAAAUGCAUAAAACAAUCAUCUAGUAAUAAACUAAAUAGACUAUAAGGCAGAUUGACAAAUAGAAAGCUGUUAAUAAGUUACAAAUACUUAUUAAAUGGUUUAAACUUUUUAAAUAACUAAAAUGUUGCUUAAAAACAUAUAAACGAAGUAGUCAAAUGCAGUGGUAAAUGCGCACCUUGAGUAAUUACAAUAUUAUAAAUUUAAAAAAAUUAACUCAAUUAAAUACAAAAACUAAAAUAUUUUACACUUAUCAAUGCGUUUGUGUAAAAUUUCAAAUUAUUUAUUAAUAUAAUUACUAUAAACGAAUUUAAAUGUAGUUACAAAAUGUAUUAUUGGUCAAUGUACCUCAGGAGUUUUUUGGGUACAACUAUUAAGUGAACAUUUUUAUGAAAAAUGUAAGAAGAUUUGAAUUCACACACAAACUGAACACAACAAUGUAACAAACAUUUCUUUACGCUUUUAAGAUUUAGGUAGACUAAAUUACAACUUCGAAAUUUAUCAAAGAAGCAAACCUUCGAGCAAAAUUAAAAAUUGAAUUCUAAAUUUAUAAGCAAUUUGAAGUCUAACUAUCGUUAAUAUUUAACACUAAUAUCAUUAUUAUUCUAUAAAUUGUAGCUCCACUCCCACACGCGACGCACUCCCUACACCUACAACCCACUACUGUAUAUAUACAAAUAAAUAUUAUGUGUUAAGCGUAAAUUAAUGUAAUAAGUAUAAAUUUUAUAAUUUUGUAAUUCACAAAGCGUUUUAAAUGUGUAACAAAAUUGUUAGAAAUCAGUAAAAGUAACCGUAAAAUCUCAAUUACUCUCUAAGGCAAACGCAAUUAGCUAUCAGUUGUACUUCCCAACGGCACAUAAGAGAAGCCUACUAUUUUUCUAGAACAGUUAUUUGCAGUUAACUGAAUUCUAUUUUAUAAAAAACUGUAAACAAAUUUUAAUUUAAAAAGCAAGUACCAUUAAUUGUUAGAUUUCAAUUAUUUUAGUUGAGGUGGGACCAACACUUUACUAACAGAACAAGUGAGAUGUAUAGUAGAGUUUGAAUUGAUUAACCAACGCAGUUGAAUUGAAACCACUAUUUUUCUAAAGUUAAUUCCGAAAAAAUGUUUUAUCUUAAGUUUAGGUAUACAACCAUGCAUUAUCUACGAUCUACAUGAUUACAUAUAAUUUAAAGGUAAAUUUAGCUGCAUAUUUAAGCACUUACAUUAACAGUAAGCUAUAAAUUAGUAUAAACGUAUAUGCAGACGUAUGUAUAUGCAUAAGUCAACUAAUAAUAAGUCUUUGAAAAAAAAAAAAAAAACCGGAACCCGACGAAAGUAUUAAAUAUAGACACUUUUUAUUUAUAAGAAAAUAAAUAAAACAUUUUUGAAAUUUUUCCUCGUACGUCUCCUAUUGGGGAAGAUUUUGAAAAUGCCUUAAGAAUAACUAUAAAUGGAAAACUUAAACAAAACGAAUUACAUUUAACUGUGCACAAACCUUUUGAGUAUGUCUUAUUUUUUCGCUGAGAAGAAAAGUAUG